AUGAAGUUCAUGCAACGAGCUGUUGCGUCGGCUUCAUCUUCGCCACAACAAUCAGACGACAGCUCCCAGAACUCCAAAAAACGAAAGCUUAGACAUUCAGCGACCACGGCUGCGGAAGAACGAGUUAGCGCGUUGAUAGAUCAGGCAUCAAUUAAAGCAGCUCUCGAAGACCAGGAGGCAAAACGACAGGCAGCGCUGGCCCAACACACUGCGACCGGCGCGCAUUGGGUUUUGAACACAAAAUUGGAUAAAUUGAAUGCUGGCCGACCUUCAGAACCCUCUCUAAAUGUCGUUUAUGUCGGUUAUGGAGACAUCGAUUCAUCUAACGAGUCUGGCGGCGAAGACGCUCCUCAGAGUGGACGGACCUCGACGCGGAAACCCAAGAAGCCUAGCGCUAGCAAAGACGAGCGGCCAGAUGAAGAAUCAUCUAGUGACGAUGAAGACGACGAUGACGAUUCAGCCCCGAAGCGCAAGAGUAGACGUUUAGAUACUGGAGACAGCUCAAGUCGUUCUCAGUCGCGGUCAAGACCUCGAUUCAGCGAUGAAUCUAAAAAGGCCAAAGACUUCCGUGAGAAGCGAAAGAAGAAGGAGGUUCGAUUGAACAACAUCUCUUCUAUAUCUGCUGGCGGCGGUGGCGGCGGUGGCAGCCAGGCUUCAAUCAACUGCUAUGUCUGCAAACAGCCUGGGCACAAAGCAGCCAAUUGUCCCAAGGGAGCUUCCAGGAGAUGA